CCCGGCGCCCUGCGCAUGCGUGGUGCCCUUUGUGUCCCGGGCGGGCGGGCGGCGCGGGGCAGGCCGGGCCGCUGUGAGCGCCGCGCCGCCGCCGUCGGCGCCGGUGGCGGGGAAGGGGAGGAGAAGGAGGCGGCGGCGGCGGCAGCGGGGGGGGUGGGAGGAAGGAAGGAAAUAGAGCCGGCUCCCGCCAUGGUGAAGAAGCGGAAAGGCCGUGUCCUUAUCGACUCCGAUACUGAGGAUAGCGGUAGCGAGGAGAACCUAGAUCAGGAGCUCUUGUCGUUGGCCAAACGGAAACGCAGUGACUCUGAAGAGAAGGAGCCACCUGUGAGCAAACCUACAGCAUCUUCAGACUCUGAGACGUCGGACAGUGAUGAUGAGUGGACUGUUGGAGGUUCUAAAAACAAAAAAAAGGGAAAAGCGGGUAAGGCAGAGAAGAAAGGAGCCAUGAAGAAACAGACGAAUAAAGCUGCCUCUUCAGGCAGCUCAGAUAAAGACAGCUCGGCUGAGAGCUCAGCACCUGAAGAGGGAGAAGUCUCUGACUCAGAAAGCAACAGCUCCUCAUCUAGUUCAGAUUCAGAUUCCUCAUCUGAAGAUGAGGAAUUCCAUGAUGGCUACGGAGAAGAUCUUAUGGGUGAUGAAGAAGACCGAGCUCGACUGGAACAAAUGACAGAAAAGGAGAGAGAGCAGGAGUUGUUUAACCGGAUAGAGAAGAGAGAAGUGCUAAAGAGAAGAUUUGAAAUCAAGAAGAAACUAAAAACGGCAAAAAAGAAAGAAAAGAAAGAGAAAAAGAAAAAGCAAGAGGAAGAGCAGGAGAAGAAAAAACUCACACAGAUCCAGGAAUCACAGGUCAUGUCACAUAAUAAAGAGCGGCGAUCAAAGCGGGAUGAGAAGCUAGACAAGAAAUCUCAGGCAAUGGAGGAGCUAAAAGCAGAAAGAGAAAAAAGGAAGAACAGAACAGCUGAAUUGCUUGCAAAAAAACAGCCAUUAAAAACUAGUGAAGUAUAUUCUGAUGAUGAAGAGGAGGAAGAGGAUGAUAAGUCUAGUGAGAAAAGUGAUCGUUCAUCCAGAUCCUCAUCCUCUGAUGAAGAGGAAGAGAAAGAAGAAAUUCCUCCUAAGUCCCAGCCAGUGUCAUUGCCUGAAGAACUGAACCGAGUACGGUUAUCACGACACAAGCUGGAACGCUGGUGUCAUAUGCCCUUCUUUGCCAAGACAGUCACUGGCUGCUUUGUCCGUAUAGGCAUUGGAAAUCACAACAGCAAACCUGUUUAUCGGGUUGCUGAAAUAACUGGUGUGGUAGAGACUGCAAAGGUUUACCAGCUUGGUGGUACCCGGACCAACAAAGGACUACAGUUACGACAUGGCAGUGAUUCGCGUGUGUUUCGUUUGGAGUUUGUCUCGAAUCAGGAAUUUACUGAAAGUGAGUUUAUGAAGUGGAAGGAAGCGAUGUUCUCUGCUGGGAUGCAGCUACCCACACUAGAUGAGAUAAACAAGAAGGAAGUGUCCAUCAAAGAAGCCCUGAACUACAAGUUUAAUGACCAGGACAUUGAGGAGAUUGUGAAAGAGAAGGAAAGGUUCAGAAAAGCACCUCCAAAUUAUGCUAUGAAGAAGACUCAGCUGUUAAAGGAGAAGGCUAUGGCUGAGGACUUGGGGGACCAAGAUAAGGCCAAACAGAUUCAAGAUCAGCUUAAUGAACUCGAAGAGAGAGCAGAGGCCCUGGAUCGUCAACGAACAAAAAAUAUUUCUGCAAUCAGUUACAUCAACCAGAGAAAUAGAGAGUGGAAUAUCGUUGAGUCUGAGAAGGCUCUUGUGGCUGAAAGUCACAGCAUGAAAAACCAACAAAUGGACCCCUUUACUAGGCGGCAGUGCAAACCCACAAUAGUGUCUAAUUCUAGAGAUCCUGCUGUCCAAGCUGCCAUCCUUGCCCAGCUAAAUGCAAAAUACGGAUCUGGUGUAUUACCAGAUGCUCCAAAGGAUAUGAGUAAGGGUCAAGGGAAGGAUAAAGAUGUGAACUCUAAAUCAGCCAGUGAUCUCUCAGAAGAUCUUUUCAAAGUGCAUGACUUUGAUGUAAAGAUUGAUCUUCAGGUUCCCAGUUCAGAAUCUAAGGCACUGGCCAUCACCUCCAAGGCUCCACCAGCAAAAGAUGGUGCCCCUCGGCGAUCAUUGAACUUGGAGGACUACAAAAAGAGGCGGGGGCUUAUUUGAGCAUGCCCACUCUGCUGCUUCUGAUCCUGCAUGCUCCAUGACGAUGUCCUACCUUUUCUUCCUCCCUUUUCAGUUCUCCCUCCUGGGUUGGAGCAGCAACGGAGCUGGGAAGAGACUCUUUAAAACUGCCAGUCAUCUGUAACAUAAACCAUUCAACUAUUUACUGUAUAGACCUCCCUUCUUGCCCUUUCCUCCUGCCCCCCUCACAAAUGUGGAUCUGUGCUAUUUGGGGUUUUCCCAUUUCUUUUAGUUUGAGUUUUGUUUUCAUUUUGUUGAUGCAGCUCGUUGGUCCACUCUGUGUUCAGUAUUAGCCUGAGGUCUGGAUUUCCUUAGGAAUCUCUUGGUGAUCGCAGAAUCAGCACUUGGUGAUCUCCCCUUACAUACCACCACAGGCACGGUGAAUAAACAUUGGCGCAAGACCUUUGUGGCUGGAAGGUCAUCUGCACUUUCUUCCUCCUCUUCUUCCUCCUUCAUCCUAGCUUUGGAGAAGGGAAUCUUCAAAAACUGGCUUAGGUUCAAAGUGUAAAUUUUUUUGGGAGGGUUGUGUGACUUUUUUUCAGGUGUUUUUUAUCAUUUUUAAGCUGCAGUACUAUUUGUAUCUGUCUGUCACAGUUCUUUACGGCUGUUUUGAAUUUCUACCAGCUGUACUUGAGCAUCUGAAAUUGCAAGAAAGAAACUCAUUAAAUGUGAUUCUUCUUACUAAAA